AUGCCACAGGUUACAAAUCUCCGCCUUAUACGGGACAAGAACAAUUCACCAAUAGGAAAAGGAACAUUGUACAAUGCCCUUGUCAACAUAUCAACUUCCACGCGGGAUAGAGCUGCGAAGCUGAAUGUCCUGGAAAACGACAGAUUAAAACGCCUCAACAGGAUGUACGACAGAGAUAGGCGUCACAGUGAAUAUUUAGCAAACCAGGUUCUCCAGAGAACUCAAAAAUCGCUACAAGAACUUACAGCAUACCAUCAUGUCCUCACUAAUGAUUAUACAGUGGCCCAAUUCAAGACCAUGGAUCCACAGUUCAGCCGUGAGAGUGCGCAAACACCAAGGUCUGUUCGCCGGUACAAUUUAGAGACGAGGCUUUACUACAAUGGCUACGGAAUGAAACCUUUCCGUCCGGAAAUAGAUAGACGGAUUCGCCAAACAGAUCCAGCACGAGUUACCAAAAUAUUCAAGAAGGUGUUGCUUGAAAAAUUCCAAAAUCAGAGUAACUUGGUGAUCAAUCGGCAGAUACCUCAUACCGAAUUCUAUAAAAUGUUGGACAAUAAAAACAAGUUAAGAGAUUAUCAAUAUCAGAGAUUGAAAAGCAAAGUUCGAUUUGAUGUUGAACAAACCUCGGAGCAGGUUGCGAUAGAUGGCGAUAGUGUGGAAUUGACAAUCCAGCAAACAAGCCAGGAUGAAUCUUGA